AUGCCGGGGAAGACUUUUGCCACCGGAGGAAAAACACCAGGACUUGGACGGAGGAAGGCUUUGGGAAACAUCACCAACACAGAGAGGAAAGCAGGGGACACUGCGCCAGCUACGAAGCCUCGAAGAGCUCUUGGCGACAUCACCAAUGCUACACCCGUGCAGUCCUCGCAGUCAAAGGCAAAGCAUGCGGAGACAAACCUUCAGAAAUCAGCCUUGCCCCAAUCCUACGCCAAACAGGUGGCAUUAAAGAGCCUAGCAGAGCUCUAUGCAGAGGAUGGUGUGGAGCGCAUGGCAGGCAAGACCUGGCGAGAGAUGAGCAAGGAGCAGCAGCAGAGGGACGAUGCAGACAUCAAGAGGCGUGUAACUGCCUUCACGUCAGUGCCCUACAGGAUGCCAUUCUCCCUGCUCAACAACAGCAGGCACAGGCGGGCACCCAUUGUGGACAAGCCAGUCCCUGUGCCUCGCCCACCUUCCCCACCUCCCUCUCUCCACAACUCCCUGGACCUUGAUGACCUGCCCUCGCUAGACUCGCUCAUCCUGCAGCCACCCAGCAUUGACUGGACCUUUGGCGGCCUGCUCAAAGAGGACAGCAGCCAGCAGACCAGCGCACAGACACAGCCUGCAGAUGGCGUGACAGCAGCAGCAGCAGCAGCAGACGCAGCAGCAGCAGCAACAGGGCCUGACUAG